AUGAACAAUGUAACAGAAUUCAUCCUACUGGGCUUGACCCAGAAUCCAGUUCUCCAGAAAAUCCUACUGGCUGUGAUUUUAGUUGCCUACUUGAUCACAUUGGCAGGUAACCUGCUCAUCUUGGUCACCAUCUUCAGCACCCCAGCCCUGAAAAGCCCCAUGUACUAUUUUCUGUCCUAUUUGUCCAUUUUAGAUGGUUUCUACUCUUCUUGUAUGGCACCCAAAAUGAUCUUUGACUUGAUCUCUAAGAAGAACACUAUAUCCUUCGAUGCCUGCCUGACCCAAGUCUUUGCAGAACAUUUCAUUGGUGGAACUGAGAUCGUCUUGUUAGUGGUCAUGGCCUAUGACCGCUACGUGGCCAUUUGUAAGCCCCUGCACUAUAUGACCAUCAUGAGCCGAUCUGUGUGUGUUUUCCUGAUGGCGAUGACUGUGGUUUUAGGGUUUCUUCAUGGAGGGGUCCAGAUUUUGCUCAUGAUGCCUCUACCAUUCUGUGGCCCCAAUAUCAUUGACCACUUUCUGUGUGACUUAAUGCCCCUCCUGGAGCUAGCCUGCACGGACACUCACACUUUGGGACCCCUCAUUACUGCCAACAGUGGCUCGAUGUGUCUGCUCACUUUUUGUAUGCUGGUUGCUUCCUAUUUCCUCAUCCUGCGCUCCCUGAGGAACCACAGUGCUGAGGGGCGGCGCAAAGCCCUGUCUACCUGCGCCUCUCACGUCACUGUGGUCAUCAUGUUCUUUGUCCCGUGUUCAUACCUGUACCUAAGACCACUCACCUCCUUCCGCAUUGACAAAGCUGUGACUGUGUUUUGCACCAUAGCAACACCUAUGCUGAACCCCUUAAUCUACACUCUCCGAAAUGCAGAAGUAAAAAACGCCAUGAAGAAACUCUGGGGACAAAUGAAAAAAACUACAGAUCAGUAA